AUGUCCCAUCUAGUCCGUUAUAGCCGUUACCUUUGCCGCUUCAAAACCCGACAUUUCACACUCCCCUUCUCCACCACCACAGUAGAGAACAACAAUCCUUCUCGACCCGACCCGCCUCCGAUCCGAGUCUCACUCACUGAGUCAGCGGGUCGAGGUGUGUUUGCCACUCGGAAAAUCGGCGCUGGAGAUCUCAUACAUACUGCAAAACCCAUCGUGGCUCAUCCUUCCCUCUCUACUAUUAACACCGUCUGUUAUUUUUGCCUCAAGAAGUUAACUUCAACAGAACUUCAUGGCAAAGGUGUUGCCUUUUGCAGUCAAGAGUGUAAAGAGAAUGCUAAGGUGUUUUACGAAGUUGAGACGAAAGCAGACUGGUUAGCUUUUGAUGACUAUUGCCGGAACAAAGGUCUAAAGUAUCCACUUCUUGUAAAGCGGUUGGCUUGCAUGGUUAUAUCAGGAGCUGCGUCUGCUGAAAGUCUUGACAUACUUCAGCCGUCAAGUUUAUCUCAUGAGAUGGCUUUAGAGAUGGAAGAGGGCUAUGGUUUGCUGAGGAGUGGCUUUGCCAAGGCAAAUAUUUCAGAUGAAGAGAUGACUUUCCUAGACAAGCAAUGGUACAACAGCAUACUGGCUCGAAUUCGUAUAAAUGCAUUUCGUAUUGAGUUGGCGGCAGGAUCAUAUGAAGAUCUUCUAUCAUCAGCUGCAGCCUGUAUAGAAGCUGAAGCUGCUGUUGGAAAUGCUGUGUACAUGCUUCCAUCCUUAUACAAUCAUGAUUGUGAUCCCAAUUCACACAUUGUAUGGAUAGACAGUGCAUAUGCAAGGUUGAAGGCCCUUCGUGACGUUGAGGAAGAUGAAGAGCUCCGGAUCUGCUAUAUAGAUGCAAGCAUGGAUCAUGAUGCUCGGCAAGCUUUCUUGCUCCAAGGGUUUGGUUUUAAGUGCAAUUGCCUUCGGUGUGUGUCAGGGGAUUAA